AGGCGGGGCAUCCGGGUCCCUUGGCGGCUGCUUCGGGCCCUGGAGCUCCGCUGAGCCGCCCCUGCCAGAAAAAGGAGGUGUGAAUUUAAAACUUCAGUCAUGGAGUUAGCCCACAGUUUAUUGCUCAAUGAAGAAGCUUUGGCUCAAAUCACUGAAGCAAAGAGACCAGUUUUUAUCUUUGAAUGGUUGCGAUUUCUUGAUAAAGUCUUGGUUGCUGCCAACAAGACUGAUGUAAAGGAAAAACAGAAAAAACUUGUUGAACAAUUAACUGGAUUAAUAAGUAGUUCACCUGGACCACCUACGCGAAAAUUGUUAGCUAAAAACCUUGCAGCCCUUUAUAGCAUUGGGGAUACUUUCACUGUUUUUCAAACACUUGAUAAAUGUAAUGACAUUAUCAGAAAUAAAGAUGACACUGCAGCCUACUUACCAACAAAAUUGGCUGCAGUGGCUUGUGUUGGAGCAUUUUAUGAAAAAAUGGGGAGAAUGUUAGGCAGUGCAUUUCCAGAAACAGUGAAUAAUCUUUUGAAAUCUCUGAAGAGUGCAGAGUCUCAGGGGCGAAGUGAAAUCUUAAUGAGUCUACAGAAAGUUCUGAAUGGACUGGGUGGUGCAGCAGCUUCCUGUCAUCGUGAUAUUUACAAGAAUGCCAGGUCCCUCUUAACUGACAGGUCGAUGGCUGUUCGAUGUGCAGUUGCCAAGUGUCUCCUAGAACUACAGAAUGAAGCUGUGUUCAUGUGGACUGCUGAACUGGAAAAUAUAGCCACUCUCUGCUUUAAGGCUUUGGAAAACUCUAACUAUGGGGUGCGAGUGGCAGUGUCUAAACUCUUAGGAACAGUCAUGGCCACAGCACUGAUGCCAAAACAAGCAACAGUAAUGCGCCAGAAUGUGAAGCGAGCAACCUUUGAUGAAGUCUUAGAACUCAUGGCCACAGGAUUUCUGCGUGGAGGGUCAGGUUUCUUAAAGAGUGGUGGAGAAAUGUUAAAAGUUGGAGGUUCUGUUAAUCGUGAAGUGAGAGUUGGAGUUACACAGGCAUAUGUUGUUUUUGUAACAACAUUGGGUGGCCAGUGGUUGGAACGUAGCUUUGCUACAUUCUUGUCUCAUGUACUUGAUCUGGUUUCCCAUCCUCGGGCAACACAAACACAUGUGGAAGCUGUGUAUUCCAGGCGAUGUGUCUCCUUUAUCCUAAGAGCUACCGUGGGCAGUUUGCUAGGUGAAAAAGCCCAGAUUGCAGCUGCCAAAGAAAUAUGCCAGGCGAUUGGAAAACAAAUGAAAGCAGUAGAAGCGGUAGUGAAUGACACUAGUGGGGAGAACAAGUCUGGAGCAGCAGACAUUGCAGCAAGCCAGCAUGUGAUGGUCUGUGCCCUGCAGGAGCUCGGAAGUCUGGUGCAGAGCCUGAAUGCCACUGCAUCCCCUCUUAUUCAGGAAGCAUCUAUAGGCCUUUUGGAGACUGUGACGUCAGUGCUUCUCCAUCCAAGCAUGGCAGCUCGACUCGCUGCUGCCUGGUGUUUGCGCUGUGUGGCUGUGGCGUUACCUUUCCAGUUGACGCCCUUUCUAGACAGAUGUGCAGAGCGGCUCAACAACUUAAAAACUUCGCCAGAAGCUGUUAGUGGAUACAGUUUUGCAAUGGCUGCUUUGUUAGGUGGAGUUCAUCAGUGUCCUUUGGGCAUUCCUCAUGCCAAGGGAAAGAUGGUUGUUAGUAUUGCUGAAGAUCUCUUACGAACUGCUGCCCAAAAUAGCAGGCUGUCUUUACAGCGGACCCAAGCUGGAUGGCUCUUACUUGGAGCACUUAUGACUUUAGGACCGUCUGUUGUUCGUUACCAUCUACCCAAGAUGUUGUUAUUGUGGCGAAACGUUUUCCCUCGUUCUUUAAAGGAAUUGGAGGCUGAGAAGGCCCGAGGCGAUUCUUUUACCUGGCAGGUAACAUUGGAAGGUCGUGCUGGAGCUUUAUGUGCAAUGAGGAGUUUUGUUGCACACUGUCCUGAACUCCUAACUGAAGAUGUGAUUAGAAAAUUGAUGACCCCUAUUGAAUGUGCCAUGACUAUGAUGUCACACAUUCCCUCUGUAAUUAAAGCCCAUGGAGCUCAUCUGAAAGCUAGUGCCGCCAUGGUCCGUUUAAGGCUUUAUGAUAUCUUGGCGUUGUUACCUCCAAAAACUUACGAAGGCUCUUUCAACGCACUUCUUAGAGAACUGGUAGCAGAAUUCACUUUGACUGACAACUCAGCCAACACAACUACUUCCCUCCUCAGAUCCCUCUGCCACUAUGAUGAUAGUGUUCUUCUUGGGUCCUGGCUUCAAGAAACUGAUCAUAAAUCAAUUGAAGACCAGCUCCAGCCAAACAGUGCAUCUGGGAGUGGGGCUCUGGAGCAUGAUCCAUCCUCCAUUUACUUACGAAUACCUGCAGGAGAAGCUGUGCCUGGGCCUCUUCCCCUUGGAGUUUCAGUCAUUGAUGCUUCCGUGGCUCUUUUUGGUGUAGUGUUUCCUCAUGUUUCUUUUAAACACCGAUUACAGAUGUUGGAUCACUUUGCUGAAUGUGUUAAACAAGCCAAAGGUGUUCGCCAGCAGGCGGUGCAGCUUAAUAUCUUUACAGCUGUACUUAGCGCACUAAAGGGCCUCGCUGAAAACAAAAGUACUUUAGGACCAGAAGAAGUUCGUAAAUCUGCUCUGACACUGGUUAUGGGGGCUCUGGACAAUCCAAACCCCAUCCUACGGUGUGCAGCAGGGGAAGCUCUUGGAAGAAUGGCUCAGGUGGUUGGAGAAGCAACUUUUAUUGCUAGAAUGGCCCAAUAUAGCUUUGACAAGUUGAAGUCGGCUCGAGACGUCGUGUCCAGAACUGGCCACUCAUUGGCUCUGGGCUGUUUGCAUCGUUAUGUUGGUGGUAUUGGCUCAGGACAACAUCUGAAGACCAGUGUCAGCAUUUUGUUGGCUCUGGCACAGGAUGGAACAUCCUCUGAAGUCCAGACUUGGUCCCUUCACUCGCUUGCUUUGAUAGUGGAUUCUAGUGGCCCAAUGUAUCGUGGAUAUGUAGAGCCAACAUUAUCUCUAGUUCUUACCUUGCUGUUGACAGUUCCACCCUCACACACAGAAGUUCAUCAGUGUUUGGGUAGAUGCUUGGGUGCUAUAAUAACUACUGUUGGACCUGAACUGCAAGGGAAUGGAGCAACAAUUUCCACAAUCCGUUCUUCUUGUUUGGUGGGUUGUGCGAUAACCCAGGACCAUUCAGAUUCUCUCGUCCAGGCCGCUGCCAUAUCUUGCCUUCAGCAGCUUCACAUGUUUGCGCCACGACAUGUCAAUUUAUCCAGUCUUGUUCCUAGCCUUUGUGUUCAUCUGUGUAGUUCCCAUCUAUUACUUCGACGAGCAGCUGUGGCCUGUCUCCGGCAACUUGCGCAAAGAGAAGCAGCUGAAGUAUGUGAAUAUGCCAUGAGCCUGGUGAAAAAUUCAGGGGACAAAGAGAGCAGUGGCACUCAUGUUAGUCCUUUUGCGCCUGGAGCAAGUUCUCGAAGUGAUAUCCAUUGCCGGCAUCAAGGUGUUAAUAUAACAGAAACUGGUCUUGAGGGACUUCUUUUUGGAAUGCUAGACCGGGAGACAGACAGAAAAUUAUGUUCUGAUAUCCAUGAUACUUUGGGACAUAUGCUGUCAUCGCUGGCUGUAGAAAAGCUUUCUCAUUGGCUAAUGCUUUGUAAAGAUGUCCUAGCAGCUUCUAGUGGUUUACCACAAUUCUUCAGAGAUUAUGAUAUGGAAACUUUCCUGAAACCUUUUUGCCUUCUAUUUUUAUUUUUAGAUGAUCUCUUGGUACUUCAUCUCUCUGACCUAAUUCGCAUGGCAUUCAUGGCUGCAACCGAUCAUAGUAACCAGCUGCGGAUGGCUGGUCUCCAAGCACUCGAAGACAUUAUCAAGAAGUUUGCCUCUGUGCCUGAGCCAGAAUUCCCAGGUCAUGUGAUUCUGGAGCAGUAUCAAGCUAAUGUGGGAGCUGCCCUCAGACCAGCCUUUUCACAAGAUACCCCAUCAGACAUAAUAGCAAAAGCUUGCCAGGUGUGUAGUACGUGGAUUGGAAGUGGAGUUGUCAGUGAUCUCAAUGAUCUCCGCCGAGUACACAAUCUGCUUGUUUCUUCACUGGACAAGGUUCAGGCCGGAAAGGGAUCUUCCAGCCAACUGUACCGAGAGAGUGCUACAACCAUGGAAAAGCUGGCUGUUCUCAAAGCGUGGGCAGAGGUCUAUGUGGUUGCUAUGAAUAUUAAAAAAGAAGCAGAGUCAAAACCAAAGAGAGCAGUUAAAAAUACUGAUGACGACGACGAUGAUGACAGUACCAUAGAUGAGCUGCCGCCAGAUAGUUUAAUAACACUCGUCCAGCCUGAACUGCCAAUACUCAGUCGCCUGUGGUUGGCAGCAUUAAAAGACUACGCGCUUUUAACUUUACCAGCUGAAUUCGCUAGUCAGCUCCCCCCAGAUGGUGGAGCAUUUUAUACUCCUGAGACUAUUGAUACGGCUAGACUUCACUAUCGGAAUUCCUGGGCCCCAAUCCUCCACGCAGUGGCACUUUGGUUAAAUAGCACAGGAUUUACAUGUUCAGAGUCAGCAGAAGCAGCAGCAAUAUCAGCUUUACAAAAACGUUCCAUACCGGUCAAUAUAAGCCAAGCAUCAGGAGCAACACCUAGUGCUAAAUCUUUGGCAGAAAUUAACAAAGACAGAAUGCAUCUGAUUUUAGGUGUGAGUAUACAGUUCCUUUGUUCCCCAAGACCUGAGGAGCCUGUUGAACAUGUUACAGCUUGUCUACAGGCCUUACACACCUUGCUAGAUUCUCCUUAUGCCCGAAUCCAUAUUGCAGAAGAUCAGCUGAUUGGUGUUGAGUUACUGAGUGUUUUACACCGCCUGUUGCUGACCUGGAACCCACCAUCUGUCCAGCUGCUGGUGACUGGAGUUGUACAACAGAUCGUAAGAGCUGCUCAGGAUUAUUUGCAAGAAAAAAGAAACACACUAAAUGAGGAUGAUAUGGAAAAAGAGUCCUGUCCUGUAUUAGGAGAAGGAGGUGACAGUGGUGGUCUCAUUCCUGGAAAAUCUCUUGUGUUUGCAACUAUGGAGCUGUUGAUGUUCAUUUUAGUACGUCAUAUGCCGCAUCUCAGUACCAAGAUGUCGGACUCUCCAAGUCACAUAGCCACCAAAACUCGACUGUCAGAAGAAAGUGCCCGUUUGGUGGCAGCCGCAGUUACCAUACUCUCUGACUUACCGUCCCUCUGUUCACCUGCUGGAUGUAUGACGGUCUUGCCCACAAUUCUGUUUUUAAUUGCAAGAAUAUUGAAAGACACAGCAAUAAAGUCUGCAGAUAAUCAGGUUCCUCCACCAGUCAGUGCAGCUCUUCAAGGGAUCAAAAGCAUUGUGACACUUUCAAUGGCCAGAACUGAGGAUACUCAAAAGCAGUGGACAGCUCUAAUUCGUAGCACUCUGGCAUGCAUCCUAGAAUAUUCCCAACCAGAAGAUUCUAUGCCUAUGCCUGAUGAAAUAAGCAUGCUAACAGCAAUUGCACUUUUCCUGUGGUCUGCUGGUAGUGAAAUAAUAGGAGUUCAGUCACUGCAGAAUGGCUGCAUUUACAGAUUUAAAAACGCGUUAAAUUCAUGUGACCCGUGGGUUCAAGCCAAAUGUUACCAGCUUCUCCUCUCAGUUUUUCAGCAUUCCAAUCGGGCCCUUUCAACUCCUUAUAUCCAUUCCUUAGCUCCACUAGUAGUUGAAAAGCUAAAAGCUGUUGAAAGAAACAGACCAGGCAGCAGUGCAGAGCUCUUAGCUGUUCAGGAAGGAAUCAAAGUUCUUGAAACACUGGUUGCUCUUGGGGAGGAACAGAACAGAGUCCAACUACUUGCUCUUUUAGUUCCCACUUUGAUCUCUUACCUGCUGGAUGAAAAUUCUUUUGCCUCAGCAAGCACAGCUUCCAAAGACCUCCAUGAGUUUGCACUCCAGAAUUUAAUGCAUAUUGGACCUCUGUAUCCACACGCUUUCAAGACAGUAAUGGGAGCAGCUCCUGAGCUGAAAGUACGUCUGGAAACUGCUGUUAGAGCAAGUCAAGCUAGUAAGGCUAAAGUGGCCACCAGGCAGCCAGCCCCAGCUGUGCACUCUGCACCAACAAUUAAGCUAAAAACAAGUUUCUUUUAAUGUGCAAUUCCAUUCAUUUUUGUUUAUAUUGUCAGUUAGAACCUAAUUAGUGGUAACCACUGUAUCAUUCCAGCCUAUAGGUUCAACUUUAUUUGUAUACAGUAAUUACAUGCUUCCGAGGUAGGGUAAGUGAAAUAAUGCUCACACUGGUGUCUAAUUUUGAAGGAAUGAGUUUUUUUUUUUAUUGUGGUGAAUGUGCUUUCAUUUUUUUCCCUAAUAAUGUUUCUCUUUUAUUACUUAAUUUAUUUUUUAAAAACUGAGCCAUAAUCUUUUAAAUGCAAAAUAAUUGUAUCAUGUAGUUAGGUGGCCUAUUGAUAUUGUCAGGGAAAAAAUGGCAUAUUCAAUAGCAUUUGUUACAAAAAAAAUUAACUGAAGAGCAAGCAGAAUUUAAAUUUUGAAGAAACAAAAUAAUGUGAAGUGUCUGUUUCAUGGUGUAUAUAUUAAGAAUAAAGUUACAUUUUCUUAGCAUUUCUCAGAAAGUCCUUACCUUUCUGCUAGAUCUUCUUGCUUUCAUAUUAGAUUACUAAAUUAUGCUUGUGUAUAUUUUAGUUAACUGAAUUAAAACUCUCAUUUAAAGAUCCAUUAAAAUGAUUCAAAUAUGGAA